CGUCCUGCCGGGAUGUUCGCACAGAUUAGUUCCUAAACGGUUGUGGUACGCUGGGAAGUAUCUGCGAAAAGAGACCCUGCUCAAGCCAGACGCCGGGUGCUUAUCCUACUAGAAAUCCAGCGAAGCGGCAACUCAUCAAGCAACCUUUCCUAGUUCUACGGUCGGUUCUACGCAUCUCGAGAAAUAACGCAAAAAAAGAAACCAGUGCUAUGCACGGAUUUGGCAGUGUCUGUACGGCGUUGCUGGUGGGUUGCAUAUUGGACAAGGUCAUACCGUGCCGGUCAGACAGUACGGCGUCUUGGUAUGAUGGUACAACGACUGGUAUCGAUGAGUACGGUACGGAGCCAUCCACGGAGUCAUCGUUGACCACCACCCCAUGGAUGGAGUCGACGGAACAGUCGGUGCAAGCGGAUUACGGCGAAGUAAUCGAGUGGGCCGAUACGAGCGCGUAUGAUGUUUACUGUAAACGGGAAUUAUGUCUGCGGUACAACCGAUAUGGUGAACUAGAGCCUAAAAAACAUGUAGCCUGUGGGUUCAAUGGUUCAUUUGCGGCUGAGUGUCCACCUGGUCGGAUGAUACUUAAGAUCGAUACGCAGCUACGCCACUACAUUCUACAUCUGCACAACGAGGCACGGGAUCGGUUGGCACGGGGAGAAGAAUUAGAAUUUGCUCCCGCAUCUAGAAUGCCGACCGUGACCUGGGACGAUGAGCUGGCGAAUUUGGCGGAGAUUAACGUGCGCAGCUGUAAGUUUGAGCAUGAUGAGUGCCGUAGUACGUAUCAGUUUCUACACGCUGGACAAAACUUAGCCGUUGGUUCCUAUUACCUUGAGACGGAUAUUUUCGAGAUCAUCAGCAACCUGACCAGGCUCUGGUACAAUGAGCAUAUCGACACGACACAGGAAGUGUUGGAUAAGUACACCACCGACUACAAUGCCACCAUCGGACACUACACGCAGAUGAUUUCGGAUCGAACGACAGCGAUCGGAUGCGGUGUGGUGAUCUACCCCCAGAAGAUGGAGGACUUUGUGUUCAAGAUGGUGCUGUAUGCCUGCAACUACGCGAUUACGAGCAUCGUACAUCAGCCAGUUUAUUUGAAAGGUGAGCCGGCCAGCCGAUGCGCAACGGGCACCAACGCAUAUUAUACCGGUCUAUGUAACUUGGAGGAAAAUCAGCUGAUUAAACCCAUUCCUUCAUACGUUUAAAGCGUUGA